CAAUUUUACACGUCAAAGUUUAUAAAAAAAUUAAAACAUUUGUAGAAUUUUGUGUGCGUUUUUGUGAAGCGAAAAUGUCGAAUUAAAGCCCAAAACCAAAUAUCUACUAAAAAUUAGGAUCCCACAACUCAAGCGAUCACUAUGGGUGUCCUCUUUAGCUACUUCAAAAGCCUUAUUGGGGCCAGAGAAAUGAGAAUUCUCAUAUUGGGAUUAGAUGGAGCAGGAAAAACGACCAUCUUGUACAGGUUGCAAGUCGGCGAAGUUGUAACGACCAUUCCCACAAUAGGUUUUAAUGUAGAACAAGUUACGUAUAAGAAUUUGAAGUUUCAAGUUUGGGAUCUCGGCGGACAGACUAGUAUUAGGCCAUAUUGGAGGUGUUAUUAUAGCAAUACAGAUGCCAUAAUCUAUGUAGUGGAUUCCGCUGACAAGGAAAGGAUGGGAAUUUCCAAAGAUGAACUCUUUCAUAUGCUUAGGGAAGAAGAAUUACAAGAUGCCAUCUUAGUGGUUCUAGCAAACAAACAAGAUAUUCCUGGUUGUAUGUCUCUCAAAGACGUUCAUCAAGCUUUAGGCUUGGAAGCUCUAAAAAAUCGAACUUUUCAAAUAUUUAAAACGUCAGCUACAAAAGGAGAAGGCCUGGACAUGGCCAUGGAAUGGCUUGCAAACGCUCUGAAAAAUCGGAAAUAACAUUUUUAAAAUUGAGGAUUUUUUUAUUUAUUUUUUUCUAGUCUUAACAAUAAAGUGCAAGCCUUGUCACUAUAUAUCUAGAUUAGAACUUUAUUUACAGAAGAUAAUUUUUGUACUGAUCUUAUGGUAGUUUUACAUUCUAAAAUAAUUAUUAGUGGCACAAUAUAAUUGGGUCAGAUUAGACUUUGUUUUUGCAGUUUUGCUGACAGAAUCCUACUUCCACACUUUCAUAUGUUUGUGUUAUUGUAUUAAUAUUUUUAAAACGAUUCAUUCCAUGAGAAGUGAGGCAAAUAGAUUUUUUGUUUUUAUAAUUCUGUAUAAUUGUUUGUUUGUUUUGAUAUAUUUUGUCAUUUCAAUUGAUUGCUAUGCUAAAAAAUUGUUAAAAUUAAAUUCAAUAUCGAUAAUCGUACCUAUUUAUUUUACUACUGAUAUGUCAAAUUUUGUUCUUAAAUGUAUCACAAGUAAAUAUGUUUUUAUUAUACCUAUGUAUGUAAAUAAAAUAAAAUUAAUUUAGAAUUUUU